AUGCUCUAUGUGGUCGGCGGUUACGAAACAGGCAAGUUAAACAUCAUCACUGUAGGCGCAGACAAAAGGGAGGCCGUGAAGUACUCUGUCUACGAAAGUCUAGUAGAUUUGGGCAGCAUAGCGGACGCUGAACGGCAUGCCCAGGAACUCAAACCGACCAAAGGGGAUUGUUACGGCCGUCUUCGAAACUUCCUCUGGAGUUAUAGGCGUCUCCAGAAAGGCACGGGUCAGAUGGAUCUUCAAGAACACAGACCUGCCGAAUAG